AUGGAAUUGAGUUUGUGUGCAGCUUAUGACCUGAGCCGCCACGCAGCAGCAACGCGGGUGGACUUGACGGCCUCGGAAACCCUAAACCCUCCUUUGAAGGAAAACUUUUUGAAACCCUUUUUUGACAAAAAGUUAAUUGGAACUGUUUUUAAGAAGCAGCAAGCAGCAGUGAUAGCAGCAAUAGAAUGCAUGCAGGAGCAGCAGAAGCAGCAGAUGCAGCAGCAGCUCCUCGACACGGGCACCUACACCCUCUCCCUCGACAGCAGCAGCAGCAGCAGCAGCAGCGGCAGCAGCAGCAGCAAGGCGGACAGCUGCGGCGCCGACGCCGCCAGCAGCAGCAGCAACAACAGCAGCAGCAGCAGCAGCAGCAGCAGCAGCAGCAGCAGCAGCAGCAGCAGCGUGGUGGUGACGCGGGAAAUGGUGCGGUUUGAAGCGAGCAGCAGAACGGUGCACGAGCGUCGGUACACCCCGAGCGUGAUAGAACCUUCUUUUGGAAUUGGAAGAAUCAUUUAUUGCAUUUUAGAACAUUCUUUUUGUUCUCGAGAAAUAAAAGGGCAAGAAGAAAGGGUUUUCAUGAACUUCCCCGCGCAAAUAGCUCCCAUAAAAGUGCUGCUGCUGCCGCUGGCGAGCCAGGAGCCGCUGCUGCUGCUGCUGCAGCAGCUGCGGCAGCAGCUGCUGCUGCUGCAGCUCAGCAGCAAAAUGGACUGCAGCAGCGCCUCCGUCGGCCGCCGCUACGCCCGCGCGGAUGAACUCGGAAUCCCUUUUGCUGCAACAGCAGAUUUUGAUUCUUUAAAGGACUUUUCUGUCACAAUUCGAGAAAGAAAUAGCAUGCAGCAAGUCCGCAUGCAUGCAGACAAAGCCCCAAAAGUGCUCUUCAAACUCUGCAGGGGACUCGCCACUUGGCAGCAAAUCCUCGACAAGUACCCCCUCGUCACUGUCCAGGAGGACUGA